AGUUUGGAGACUCCGCCCUGCUCGCCAUUUCUGUAAUGGCCGCUUCCUGGGAGGCGCUGUCACGUGGAACCUCUUAGCCUCAGCAUCUGGAGCCCUGGAGGGGAGUCGGAUAGAUUUAAACAAUUACCGCAGUCUUUGAAGAAACCUUCAGCCUUCAAGAACCAGCCACCUCAAGAUCUCAACAUCAUGAUCUCAGUUUCAACCCAGUUGUUCUUAAUUCUCUUUUCAUUGCUUUUGGUGCUGCCUGUUGUUGAAGCAGUAGAAGCUGGAGAUGCAAUCGCUCUCUUGUUAGGUGUGGUUCUCAGCAUUACAGGCAUUUGUGCUUGUUUGGGGGUAUAUGCACGAAAGAGAAAUGGACAGAUGUGACUUGGAAGGAUCUCCUGAACCAAACCUUGCCCUGAAAACCUAUGUGCUAUUUGAGGUUCAAAACUGAGCUUUGGUGUCUGAAAGUUACAGUUAAAUAGAGUAGUUUCAUAUUCUUGGUUAUUUCCCUAUGAAUGGGAACAAAUUGAUAUACUAAUGGUCAAAUGGAAAACAAAAUGUUUUCUUCACAGCAAAUAAUGCAUUGAAAAAUGCCGUCUGUAAUUUGUAUUCGCUAGUUAGAAAGAGGGCCAAAAAGUGAAAUGAUUGAAAUUUGCAUUAAGUGCUAUUUCAUAGUUUCAGAAUUCUCAAUAGGAAGAAGGAAACACUUGCCCAGAAUCCCUGGUAGUUGCCACUGUUAAGUUAUAAUCACUGCCUCCUAUAUCGUUGAGGAGUCUUUUCUCUAUAUUUUUACUGGAUUUUUUUUUAAAUUUUUGUUAUCUCCCAAGUGAAUAUUAUACUUAUGUAUUAAAUAUAAUUGGUCAAAUAUUAAAACAUUUCUUAGCAGGGAGUGAAAAGUGUAGAAAUUGUAUUCAGUGUAUCUAACAUUGAAUUAGAGGAAAGAUAUAAAGAUAUAAUGUAAAAAAAGUACUUUAUAUUGACAUUGAAAUGGAGAAGAGAUUUAAUGUUAAACAAAAAAUCUUUAUAUUAACUGAGUGACACUCUAUGGUGAGAAGUACUAUAUUAAAUAUAAACCCAUUAUGUAACUUAA